UUAUAAACAACCCCACAUCCACCUCCCACCUCCCACCUCCCUCCUCCCUCCUUCCCACCGGCCACCCCCAAUGUCUUCAGCUACAACUCCUUUCCUGGACUCCUCUCCAGCUGUUGAACCACUAAUUCUACAGGUAGAGGAGGAGGAGGAUGGUGAACGCAAACCGAAAUUUCGGGUCCGGAACCUGAUCAAGGUUUCGGAAUCGGGAGAGGCGAUACUGCGAGGGAUCGACGUGGACGUGCCGAAAGGGGCGAUCGUGGGGGUGAUAGGGCCGAGCGGGAGUGGGAAAUCAACGCUGCUGCGGGUGCUGAACCGGCUGUGGGAACCGCCGUCCGGCACGGUGUACUUGGACGGCACCGAUAUUCGGGAACUGGAUGUGCUCGGACUCCGCCGAAAAGUCGGCAUGCUUUUCCAGCUGCCGGUUCUCUUUGAGGGCACAGUUGCUGAUAACAUUCGAUAUGGACCGCAAUUGAGAGGGAAGAAACUAACUGAUAAUGAAGUACUUAAGUUGCUCACCCUUGCAGACCUUGAUUCCUCUUUUAUGAAGAAAACCGGUGGUGAAUUAUCUGUUGGGCAAGCUCAAAGAGUUGCACUUGCGAGGACCCUUGCUAAUGAACCAGAGGUUUUGUUGUUGGAUGAACCGACAAGUGCAUUAGACCCAAUAUCGACACAAAACAUAGAGGAUGUUAUAGUGAAGCUGAAGAAAAGCCGAGGAAUGACAAUAGUGAUGGUGUCUCACAGCAUUAAACAGAUACAGAGGAUUGCUGAUAGAGUGUGCCUACUUGUUGAUGGUGAGAUCACUGAAGUCUUAGAACCAGAUAAACUAUCUGAAGCCAGGCACCCCAUGGCACUUAGGUUCCUUCAACUCAGCUCUUGACUUUCUCGUAUGUUCCAUCCAUGUCUUCUUAAUGUGUAUGGGUCUUCUAGUCUAUGAUGGGUGUUUGAUAAUUGUCUGGUCUGGUGGGUGAUACCAAAACAAUAACAAGUAGCUUGUAUUGAUUUCGUUUCACUUGUUUCUCCAAUAAAACAUCCUGAUUGCAUUUCCACA